ACCAUAUAGCACAAAGUUCAAUUUCAUAGAAGUUGUUUGCCAACAUUACAGCCGUCUGCUAUUUUAGGCACCAGUCUUUGCUAUGAGGAGAUGGUGAUGGCGAUGGCUUCUGAGAGAAAGGUACCCGUGAAUAAAGUGUCUGUUAGUCACAUGAUGGUGCUCCAGGAUCCAUCCCGCCUUCCACCUGUAGAAAGUGCAAUUGAAUCAAUGAUAUCCUCACUGGACGAAUCCCACACUGAUCUAGUCAACAAAACCUGGAAGUUCGGGAACACGGAGGACAGUUUCCAGAUGAUCCGGAACAUGAUCCGGCACUACCCGUCUUGCUGUGUGCUGGAUGCAGAGAGCCAGCAGCCCAUAGCCUGGAUUCUGACCUAUUCCUCCUGUGCCAUGGGUAUGUUGUACACCCUGCAGGAGCACAGAGGACAGGGCCUGGCCAAAGCCCUGGUCAGCAGCAUGUCCAGGAGACUCUAUUCUCAGGGCUUCCCAGUGUACUGCUUCGUUGAGGAGGAGAAUACACUGUCCUACAGCCUCUACACCAACCUGGGCUUUACUGAGGACCCUCAAUACAGGGCUGCAUGGUUUGACUUUAACAGUUUGUGACUAAGGUCUUGCAUAGAGCGCCAUGCUCUACCAACUGAGCCACACGGGACCCCAUUAUGUUUGUUUCUCCAGGCUUAUUUUCAGUGUGGUGUAAUUAGAAUGACACAUAAGAUAUGCUAAUUGUAUUCUGAGCAAUAACACUUCAUUCGUGUUGUUUAGAUUUCUGAUUCCAAAUGUUAAUUUAAAACCUCAAAUGAGGGAAUGUUUACAAAAACAAAACAAAAAAUAGAAAAAUAAAUAUAAUUAAACUCAACAAAAAAUAGAAACGUCCCUUUUUCAGUAGAUGGGCCAGGGAACCAUCUUUAUAGGCCACUACUAUCUGUCUAUUCUCAACCUGCAGGGAGAGCAAGAACCCAUGGAGGAAAUGAAGCACAUUGUGUAUUAAGUGAGAAAGACAUUUGAGAGAGAGACUCAUUUCACUCCCUGCUCUUCCCCCUUGGCCCUAACUCGUCGAUGUUUGCAUUUCUGUAUGGUGGCAGCAAUACUGGAAGCUCCAUCACUACACUGCUUAUUCCUAUCCAGAACCUUCAAAACUGCUAACAUUGAAGGAUUAGUGCUAAGGAGGAGCUGUAGGAAGUGAAUUAGGAUGAGAGUAUGGUAGUUGUAGUUCACGUCGUUGUUUAAGGCCCCAAAGUAGUCUGCCACCUGUAGAGGAUUGUCGUACAUGUUGAUGAGGAAAGGUUUCAACCUCUUAUGUUUCCGUUAAAAGCACUUUCAAUUGAGAUUCUCCAUUGAGCAUACAUGUUUUUUUAGUCCAGGGCUAGGCUUUAUCUGUGUCUGGAGAGAAUGAAUAAAAGUCUGAGUUGGCCAAAUAAACGUACAGGUCAGGUAGAGCCUCUAGUCGUUUCUUUGAUAAGAUGUUGGUCGCGUUCCAGGCUGACAACAUUGCAGACGUUGCAUUACAUCAAAUUAUGUGGUUAGCUGAUAUGUUGAACAUCUAUCCAGUCGUUGAGAGAUCUGGUAGUCGUCUGCAAUGUAGUUAGCCUGGAACGUGGCCAUCCUCACCUGUAGAAAGCAACGCAGGCCACAAAUCAAAGAUAGCCUAGUUUGUCAUGCUGCACACGGCUCUCGAUGGCUCUCACUCCCCUAACGUCCUCCUGCAUAUGGUGUAUACUCUCCAUGUACCCCUCUACCUCUGCUGGAACCUCUGGUGCCUUCUCAGGAUCUGCUGUGUCUUCCCCUGGGGCCUCCUCUGUUGUCAAUGGGCAAACACUCCCUACAGUCACGUGGAAUAGCUUCCCUUCCCUGACUAGAUCUGACAUGUUUGUUUGUGUGUAUGUCCUCAUAUAUGGCAAAUUCAUAUUUUUGAGAAUUAAAUAAACUUUUACAAUCAGAG